AUGGCAUACACCGUCCCGUUCCUGGUUAACAAUGAAGAAAUUACCUCACCCAGAACCUUCGACGUCAAGAACCCGCUAGAUGACAGCCUCCUGUGGAGAUCAUCUGCAGCCACAGUCCAAGACGUCGAAGCCACGGCUCUGUCUGCGAGCAGCGCCUUCCGCUUGUGGUCGACCACAAAGCUAGCCAAACGGCGUGAGCUCAUAUAUAAGCUGGUGGACGUCUUGGAGAGGAGAAAACAGGAAUUGAUGGAUACCAUGGCGGGCGAGACCGGAGCGUUGAGUGGCUGGGUGGACCUCAAUAUGGAUUUGACUGUUGGGCUGGCGAGGGAUGUUGCGGGUAGGGUGGUAAGCAUCGCCGGGACUAUUCCGGAAAGUGCCGAGGAGGGUGCGACCGCACUUGUGAAGAAGGAGCCGUAUGGGGUUGUUCUUGCGAUUGCUCCUUGGAACGCCCCCAUGAUCCUAGCACUACGGGCAGUUCUCUGCCCAAUAGCAGCCGGCAACACUGUCAUACUCAAAUCCUCCGAGUUUUCACCAAAAACCCACUUCCUCCUUGCCUCGUUCUUUAAAGAAGCGGGAUUCCCUCCGGGAGUCCUCAACGUCAUUUGCCAUGCCCGAGAAGAUGCCGCCUUGAUUACAAACGCAUUGAUCGCUCACAGAGCUAUCCGUAAGAUAAACUUCACGGGGAGCACUCCCGUGGGUAGGCUGGUCGCUGCAAAGGCAGGCGAGCACUUGAAACCCAUCCUGCUGGAAUUGGGAGGCAAAUCGCCCUUGGUGUCAGGCCAAAUCUGCAUGGCCACGGAAAAGAUAAUAGUCCAAGAGUCCAUCCUCGAAGAAUUCAUAGCUGAGCUAGCAGAAGCCACCAAACAAUUCGGCGAAACCCAAGCACUUUUUCUCCCGGGAGCAUUCGAAAGGCUCAGCAAGCUUAUCGAAUCCUCAGUCAACCAAGGAGCAAAAGUGGUAAACCCGCCAAAAGAAAUCCCCUCGAGGACUAAAUUCCCAAACUUGAUCAUCCGCGGCGUGACCAGAGAAAUGGAGCUCUUCCGCACAGAGUCGUUCGGUCCGCUGGCUACGGUUAUCGCCGCCGGUUCCGAGGAGGAAGCGAUAGCUAUUGCGAAUGACACGGAGUUUGGACUGAGCACAGCGGUUUGGACAGCGGAUUUGGCGAAAGGGUUGAAGAUUGCGAGGAGGAUUGAGAGUGGUGCUGUGCAUAUCAACGGAAUGACUGUCCAUGACGAGCCGAUACUGCCUUUUGGAGGGGUCAAGGAUAGCGGGUUUGGAAGGUUCGGGGGUUCGUGGGGAAUCGAAGAGUUUUUGACGACAAAGACUAUUACGUUUGUGACUUAG